AUGAGACUGAGAGAGAGAGAGAGAGAGCCUGAUGAUGCAGUUGUUCGACAGGUCUCGCUACUCAAAGAGUGCGACCAUCCGAAUGUCAUCAGGCUCUAUGAAGUUCUUUCCAAAGAGCAUGCUCGCUACCUCGUUUUUGAGUUCAUGGACAUGGAUCUCCGUACGUACUUGACGAGGAACGGUGCGUUCAAAGAUCUUACGGCCCUGAAGAAUGCUGCGUGGCAGUGCAUCCGGGGCAUUCAUCACUGUCACAGCAUCCGCAUUCUGCACAGAGACCUGAAGCCCCACAACGUCUUGGUGGACAUGACGGGCUCCCGUUUCAAGCUCGCCGACUUCGGCUUGGCUCGGGCUUUCUCGGUGCAGAUGCGGGCCCUUACGCAGGAGGUGGUGAGUCUCUGGUACCGGGCGCCCGAGAUCCUGAUGGGAGAGCGCAAGUACGCAUCUCCGACGGACAUAUGGUCCUUAGGCUGCAUCGUGGCGGAGAUGGCCACGGGUCAGGUCCUAUUUCCUGGAGACAGUCAGAUUGACACCCUCUUCCGAAUCUUCCGGAUGCUUGGCACGCCCUCCGAAGAGGUGUGGCCCGGUGUAAGCACACUCCGCGAGUUCACGCUGGAGUUUCCGAAAUGGAACCGUGCUGGCUUGGUGGACGUGCGUGCCAAAGCACCAGCAUUGGGGCCCGAUGGUUUGGAUCUCGUCGAUCAAUGUCUCAAGUAUAAUGUAGCCGAGCGGGCUUCCGCCCGGCACCUGUUGCAGCACCGGUUCUUCGAGAACUUCGUGGCUGCGACGUGA